GAGCUUGCGCAAGUGAAGUGUUAAAGUCGGUGCUCGCUCAGAAGGAAACACGAACCAAAGGAAGCAGCAAACUUUUCAACUUUCUCCAAAUCCGUUUCUCUUCAUUAAUUUGGCAUCGUUCAGUUUCCCUACGAUCCAAAAGCAAAAAUUUCAUUAAUAUUGACAUGGCUUCAAUUAGAAAACAAUUUCUGCUGGUCUUUCUAACGGUCCUCUUUCCCGGCAACACUCAGAGUUCCACUUCAGAUCAUAUCGAGUUUGUCGAUAUUCAACAAAUAUCCAGUGAGUUGGAUACAUCAGAUAAUGGCAUGACCAGUGAACUACCCAACCAGCUAGCAGUACAGUUCCAGGCGCAUGGACACAAUGUCCAGUUGAAACUGAUGAGAAAGCAGGACAUCACUUUGGACAUUCCAUUCUGUAUAUUUGAAAACAAUGAAACAGUUUGCAAUAUGGACACCAAUAUUGAAAAGGCCUAUGAUAUAUACCAAGACCCUGAAAAGAUGGCAGCAGUCACUGUGGAAUUAAUUGCACAGAACAAAACCCAAACACCAGUUCUGAAAUUAAAUGGUGAAUUCAUUAUCGGUGAUGAAUUAUUUGAAAUUGAGUCAGACAAUACAGAAUGGCUGGAAUCACCAAACAAAAACUUCCAUUAUGUCAAACGCAGAUCAAUUUUGAGGGCAGUAAACAAUGGUAAAGUCUUAAAAUCUAAUAUUCCUGAAGAUUUGAAAGAUCGAUAUGGAGUUGAGCUGUUGGUCAUUGUUGGUCACAGUAUCUAUGAGAAAUUCCUCCAACAGAGCAACAAUAAUUUUACUGAAUCUGUCAAAAGAAUUCGUUAUUAUUUUUCCCAUAUUGUUAAUUCCAUCGAUUUUAGAUACGCCAAUAUUGGAUUAAGAGAUUUUGAAGUCUACGUACGAUUGUCUGGGUAUUUACUCAUAAAAAAUGCUUCCAGUACACCCUUCAUAACGAAUUCCCUCAAACGUGUCAACAAUAGCUACAAGUUAAAUGGUACGACAGCGUUAGACGGACUGAAACAGUUCUUAGAAUCUCAAAAGGAUUAUCCCAGCUAUGACCAUGCCAUGAUGUUUACGGAUUAUGAUGCCUUCCACCCAAGGAAGAGAAUUCUUGGAACCACCUAUGCAUCAGGUAUCUGUACAACCAAACACGUUUCUCUGGUGGUUGAUCAUGGGGCAUACACAUCUGGUGGAACAGCAGCACAUGAACUGGCUCACAAUUUAGGCGUUGUUGACCACGAUGGAGAAGGAAAGGCCAAGAAUUGUCCUCCAGAGAGGCACCAUAUAAUGUCACCUUCAAUAGGGAUACUCAGUAAUACCACUAAGGGCUAUGGCUUCAAGUUUUCAGACUGUUCUGUGGAGCAGUUAAGAGUAAGUUUGAAGGAUUUAGAUGAAAGUGGAAUGAAUUGCCUCAACAACGAAGCUUUCAUCAACAAUUCGACCGAUUUCUCCGGCAGCAUGGAAACAUUACCAGGAGAAGUACACAAUGUCCACGACCAGUGUAGACAGAUUUACGGACCAGAUUCAUUCAUGUGUCCGCCUGCCUAUCCAUCACAAAUCUGUUACAAAAUGAUGUGCUACGUCCCUGCAACCAGUAAGUGUGUAACUGAGAGUGGGUUAAGAGCAGCAAUCGGUACACCCUGUGGAUAUCAAAAGGGUUGUUAUUUUGGAAACUGUUUGGUAAAUAUAUCACAACAAUUAGUUGCAGAUGAUUGUCCGUAUCCAGACCUUCCUUAUCUCGUUAACUGUAAAUUAGCUUCUCCUCUUUUGUGUAACAAUACAGAAUUCUACAAACGAUGCUGUACUUCAUGUAACAAAGAUUUCACAAAAGAGGAUCUGUGCAAAGAUGUCCCAGUGCGUAUCUUGUCAAAAUUCAAUUGCAGCCAGUUCUUGCUGCAUCAUGGCCUGAUUCAAUGCACCAAAAAGUUAAAGCCUGUUUGCUGCAGAUCUUGUGAAGAGCUGCAGAACGAUCCAGAAAGAGAACCAGCUCCAACUGGUUCCUGCAAGGAUGACGAAUAUGUUGAAAUUAAUAAUUUAAGGUGCUCCAAGUUUGUUGUAAUGUAUGGCAAGAAGGCAUGUGCCAGGGAUGACAUCAGGGAGGCAUGUUGUGCCAGUUGUCGACGAGCAGAUCUGCUCACUGGUGGCACCAACAGUAAAACAGCGAAGGGGGUGGUGGAGUAGACGAAGAAUUUAUGCCAAGUGACACUAUGGAUGACAGGAAGCUAAUGUCAGCACCAACUUUACUGACAGCAGACAUCAAAAUGUACCAAUAAACGGACUAUCAUCACCACCACCACCAUCAUUAGUCACUAUGGCUGUAUUAUAUUCACUAUAACCACCACUACAUAUAACACACACACACACACACACACAUACAGAUACAGGUUGGUUGAAUAAACAGCCAAGAACUCAAUACAUAAGUUUUUUAUACUUUUAUUAAAAAUACUGCGUGUAUCAUCAUCAAAAUCAUCCUUUAACAUCUGCUUUCUAUGCUGGCAUGGGUUGGACGGUUUGACAGGAGCAAAGCAAGUGGGACAGCCACAACAGAUUCCAUUGUCUGCUUUGGCCUCUAUGGCUGGAUGCCUUUUCUAAUACCAACCACUUUGCAGUGUACUGGGUACUUUUUGUGGCACCAGCACAUACACACACACACACAUAUACCACUUAAUGUACACCAUAUUAAAAUAAGAGCUACCAAUAGUUUUUUGCCAUUGAGACAUGGUUAGGCAGAUUUUUAUAACAUGCCUCGUGUCUCCAAGUAAUUUGUCCAUAUGCUCAUAUUUGCUGAAAAUUUUGGAUCUGAAAUUAGUAUAGUGAAAGCAUAUGGACGAAUUUCUGUUCUCAAACUGGAGGACACCAUCCUCUCUGGAUUGAAUAACUGUCUCAUGGACUUUCAACUCCUCUCCAUUGAAUUAUUCUACAUUUAUUAGUUUAAUCACAAUUUCUACAAUCAAAGGGGAUGUAACCUUAAUGUUCUUUUCUUGCCUUUUUUUUCUGUUUUUAUUCACCCUUUAUCUUCUCAAUCCACUUUUUGCAUUGACCUUCUUGUUUUUCUCAUGGUUUCUCAUGUAUCCUGAUUUUCAAUCUGAACCAUGUGCCCAGAGCCUGAUGAUUGCUUGAAGAUACAAGGCAUGUAAUAAAAAUCCAUGUUUCAAAGGCAAGAAACUA